AUGGAAUUUGAUAUACCAGAAGAAGUAACAGCACUGCCCAAACUGACGAAAAUAGCAAUUGCGGAUCUAAAUAAAAAAUAUCAAGUGUUACUAAAGAAGGCAGCUGAUUACUAUUUAGAUAAUGAUAAUGACUGGCAUUCACCACUAAAGUUGAGAUACGCAACUGGAAGUUAA